GUCCAGGUGAACAAUCUCCCUUAAACAUGACACAUUUCCACAGCAGUUUCAGACUUCACGAUUGGUUCUACAGCGGGAAUAUGAAAAGCUCUGUGUUUCCAAGCUUCAUGUUUCUGUCUUUAUCGUUACUGAUCUUUACGAAUGGUGUGUUUGGUGAUGAGACGGAACAUGUGUCAGUGAUUGAGGGGAAUCCUCUCACGCUACACACUGAUGUUAAAAAACAAAAAGAUGAUCUGAUAAUGUGGUAUUUUGGACCUGAAAACAUUCUAGUUGCCCAAAUAAAUGGAAAAGCCAAUAGCAUAAAGUUAAAUGAAGAUGCUUUUGGGAAAGUGCAGCUGGAUAAUCAGACUGGAUCCCUCACCAUCAUAAACAUCAGUACCACACAUUCUGGACAUUAUAAUCUCAAGAUCAGCACCAAAAACAGGGUUUCAUACAAGAGAUUCAGUGUUACAGUCUACACUCUUCUUCCGGUUCCUGUCAUUAUCAGAAACACUUCACAAUGUUCUUCAUCAUCUGAAAGUUCAUCAGUGUCUAAAUGUUCACUGCUGUGUUCAGUGGUGAAUGUGAGCAAUGUGACUCUCUCCUGGUACAAAGGAAACAGUUUAAUCUCCAACAUCAGUGUGUCUGAUCUCAGCAUCAGUCUCUCUUUACCUCUGGAAGUUGAAUAUCAGGAUAAAAACACUUACAGCUGUGUGAUCAACAACAACAUCAGCAACCAGACCAAACAUCUGGACAUCAGUCAACUCUGUCAGCCAUGCGCAGUUUCUUGUUUUGGACCCACACGUCUUCGAGUGUUUUUGCCUGCAGUGUUACUCUUUGCAUUAGGUCUACUAUUAGCAGCUGCAAUAUGCUUCAAGAGAAUAAGAAAGGGAAAAAAGGCAAACAAAAACAAUGGAAAAAAUAAGACUUUAUUGUGUUAUUCAAAUGUUGUAAAAUUGGGCAUACAGGCCAAUCUUAUUGAUCCCUGAGUCUUUUUGGCAGUUGAUUCAUAGCCCAAAAUUUAAACCCAGCCAUAUUGCUAUGCUGGUCCCAAGCCCAGAUAAAUGGGGAGGGUUGGGAAGAACAACUGUCAAAGACCCUGGAAAAAAUAAGUGUAAUAAUAUAUGUUUGAAAUAUGUUUAUAUUUAUAAUACAGUGGGUGUGGCAACAUGUGACCAGGAAGAUUUAAAUAUUUUAAAAAUGUGUCAAAAAACAAACUAUAUAUGAAGAGUUCUGAUGCAAAACCAGCUAAAAGCCAUCUCGGUCAAAAAUGAGAUAAUGAUACUGAGUGAAUGCUCUUGACAUAUAUUAUACAUCCAUCAAAAACUUUUUCUUCAAACUUGCUAAAAUACCAGCCUCAGCCCAAUCAGAAGUACCAGUACUUACAUAGAAACCUAUACAUCUGAGCCUGAUAAAAAUAUUUUUCUUCACAGA